AUGAGUCGAAUUGAUUGGAAAUGCGGGUCACGUCAUGUGAUUGAAGAUCUUUGUGAUGCUUACGAUAUGGCUCGUCCUGACCCAAUUCUUCGUGUUGGCGAACACGACGCUCAUGCCGCUGCAGGCGUACUCAAGCAGUACCUCCGAGAAUUACCCGAACCAGUUAUUCCCUAUCGCCAGUACGAUCGACUUAAAGCCACUGGCUAUCUCAUCGAAGAUGGACAAGACCUAAAACCCAUUAUCGAUCAAUUGGAAUGUCUACCAGCGCCCAAUUAUAGUCUCCUUCAGUUCUUAUGUCAACUUCUUUUAGAGAAUUGUUUCAGCCCUUCUGAUACGGGCAUUGUAUUUGGAACCAGGACUUAG